AUGUUCAAAGCUCGCUUCACCUCGUUAAAUGUGACCCAGGCCCAUUCCCAGUUGAAGCGAUCCUCUCAUUGUCUUGUCAUCCCUCAUACACGAGACUCUGCUAUCAUCUUUGGGGGCGAACUGCAGCCACGGAUUCCAGUAGACAAUGCAUUGCACAAAAUUGGCCUUUCAUCGGGAAAUUACGAAUUGAUGAAUGUGCUAACUGCAUCGUCUGCGCCUCCUCCUCGGGUGGGAUCUGCAUUGGCAUUCGCGAAGGAAAGUCUAUGGGUAUGGGGAGGCCGUGGAGGUGUUUCUAUGGAGUGUCUUCCCGAAAAGGGGGACGUCUGGCGUUUUGAAUCGGGGGAAUGGACCCGGGUCGAAUGCGACGGAGAGCCUCCACAGGACAGAUCCUAUCAUGUAAUGGUGAAUUACAACGAGGAUCUAUACAUGCAUGCAGGCUGUCCCGCAACUGGCCGGCUUUCAGACCUUUAUCGUCUUUCUCUAGCUUCGCCAAAGCCUGUAUGGACUAAACUGGCAGAUGCUCCUGGGCCUGGACGUGGUGGUACCGUCCUCGGGGUUGUUCCUGGGCUCUCUUCCUUCAUACGUUGGGGAGGAUUCGCUGGAUACGAGCUCGGUGGUCCGCUCGACAUAUACCAUGUCCCUACGAACACCUGGCAUUCUGUCGAUGUCGCCGGAGAGCAACCAGCAAAGCGCAGCGUUCAUGCCCUCGUUGGCCUUCGAGGAGCUCCGCGAAGUGACGGAAUUGUUGCGCUUAUGUUGUUCGGCGAAGGGGAAGCUAGUGAUCUUGGACAUGCUGGUGCCGGGAAAUUUCACGAUGAUAUAUGGGCCCUCGUCAAGAAACCAUUGACCGAGUUAAUAGAAGGCUGGUCCUGGGAGAAGGUCGUUAUUCCAGAAGGUAGCCACAAGCCACAAGCACGCGGCUGGUUUGCGGCUGAUGCGUGGUCGGAAGGGAAGGUUGUAUUUCAGGGUGGACUGAACACCGACAACGAGAGACUCAGCGAUGCGUGGAUUCUGGAGGUCGAAAAAAAUUAA